UUUCUCUCAGUGCUUAGCGCAACACGGUCCGAGGCGGAGCGCAGCUCGACUCGCCGAUAAAGACGUAAACAAACGAGUCGCGCCUCGUUCUUACGAGGAAUAAUCAUAAUCAUCAAGGGUGUACGGUAAUAACAACUCGGUACACGGUCGGAUGACAAAGAUAAGAAAAAAAUACACGCGUAUACGUGUGAUGACAACUUGAAUUGCGUCGCUUGGACUGAUCGAAUUAAUCGGAGUGCCGUCUUAAAGCUUUUCGGGGUGGAAUUCCGCCCGGAGGAUACGAUGCGGAUUAAUUGAGCAACUUUUCUUUUCUUGUCUGUAAACGCGGAGUGAGUUUAAACGGAAUCGGGAUAUUCGUUCGCUAGUGUGGAGUGUGCGUUACCAAAAAGUUGCAUGAAGCAUGUCGCCCUCCCAGGAAUCGCCCUCGAAUCUCUCAUCGAUUAAACGCCGCUGAUCGAGGCCGCCGUUCGCCGUGCAGGGGUUCGAAGAAGACGGACAACGCUUUAACGCCAUGGAAGGAACGGUUCGCCUGUUGGUUCUGCUGCAGUUUCUCGUCUCAGCGAUGACUGCCGAGGACUUUCGACACAUAGCCUACGAAGAUCUCGCUGACAGCAAUCUAUUCCAGAUGAAUGGCGUUACCUCUUUUUCUCAGCUACUAUUCGACGUCGCGAGGCAGCAGGUCUUCGUCGGUGCUCGGGACAACUUGUUUCGACUAACGCUCAGCCCACUCACUGUCCUCGAGCACGCGCCCUGGACAGCGCCACCGGAGAAGGCAACCGUGUGUCAGGACAAGGGACAGAGCGCCGACGACUGCCACAACUACAUCAAGGUGGUACUUAGCAACGGGAAAAGCCUCUUUGCCUGUGGUACCAACGCCUUCAGUCCCCAAUGCACGUGGAGAGAGAUCGAGAAUAUAAACAGUGUGACAACGUGGAUGGCGGGCGUUGCGAUGUGCCCUUAUUCUCCCCACGCCAAUGUCACGGCCUUGCUCGCCAUGGGACCAUCCGGAGGUCUGUUCGCCGGGGCACCGACCGAUUUCGCGGGGGCUCAUCCGGCCAUCUACAGAACUCUGGCUACUCCGAUUCUGAGGACACAUCAAUACGAUCCAAGAUGGCUCAACGACCCACAGUUCGUUGGCAGCUUCGAGACCGAGGACCACGUCUAUUUUCUAUUCAGGGAAUCCGCAGUGGAGUACAUGAAUUGCGGAAAGAAAAUCUACUCGAGGAUAGCCAGGGUGUGCAAAAAUGAUCCUGGGGGUCAGACAAUGAUGCAGGAUAUCUGGACGACCUUUAGCAAGGCCAGAUUGAACUGUUCCUUGCCAGGAGAAUUUCCGUUCUAUUACGACGAGAUACAGGGUGCGGCUUACCAGCCUGAGGAAGGCAUUGUCUACGCCACAUUUACAACGCCAAGCAACAGCAUCCCUGGCUCCGCCAUUUGUGCCUUCAACAUGUCCGCCAUCAGCGCCUCGUUCAACGGGCCCUACAAACAUCAAGAGAACUCUGGUUCUGCAUGGGAACGCAGACCGGUCGCACAUCGCAACAGACAACACUGCGGCAUUCCGACAACCAACGCGGCCAACCAGCUUCUUGACACUCAGCGGUACCAGCUCAUGGACGACGCUGUUCAGGGCGCCACUUUGGAACCGCUCCAUACGACGACCAUGGAAAGAUUCACGCACAUUGCCGUCGAUGCUACUCCGACCAAGGUUCACCGGACCGUGACGGUUCUCUAUGUCGCCACGACAGAGGGGCUCGUCAAGAAGAUCUCCGUUCUACCGAGGACUCAGGAAACCUGCGUCCUCGAGGUUUGGGGCCCACUGCCAUCCUCCGUAAGGACCUUACAGUUCUUGAAGGACACUCAGAGCCUCUACGUGGGAAUGGAGAACGGUCUUCUGAGGAUACCAGCCGCUCAGUGUCAUCGGCAUCGUGGCCGUCAGGCCUGCCUGAAUUCCCAGGAACCAUACUGCGGCUGGAACGACAUGACGCAAAAGUGCGCUGCCAUACCGUCGCAUGCUUAUCUCGACACUCACUGGUCCCAGCAAGCCACGCACUGUCCAGUAUUGACAGACCCGGUUGACGGAGGAUGGAGCUCAUGGAGCGCAUGGGCACCGUGCCAACACGGAACCGCGGUACAAAUGCCGCAUUCUCACCACGGCCACAAUUACGAAGACACUAGGGAGAGCACCGAUAUGUGCCAGUGUCAGACGAGAGAAUGCAAUAACCCUCCACCAAAACAUGGUGGUGCGGGUUGCGUGGGAACGAAGGUGAGGGUGUCCAACUGCACGGUGCACGGCGAAUGGACGGCAUGGUCAGCUUGGUCAGAGUGCUCUCAAACUUGCGGUUUUGCAAUGAAGACGCGUCGCAGGACUUGCGGCAAUCCCGCGCCUGCAUUCGGCGGCAGAGUUUGCGUCGGAUACGAUCACACCGAGAGCGUCUGCCUCGAAUUACCACCCUGUCCAACACCCGCCAAGGCUGCGCCGCCUCCCAAAAAUGGACAGUGGUCACAGUGGUCACCUUGGGACAAGUGCUCGAGGCCUUGCGGGGGAGGAAUUCGUACGAGAAGGCGAACGUGUGAUAAUCCUUUGCCAAGUGACGGUGGCGCGGAAUGUCCAGGCUGCGGUUUCCAGAUCGAGGACUGUAACACGCAUCAAUGCGAGGACGAGAAACGAUCCUCUGCAAUGACGCCGUGGCUUCCGGUAAACUCUACCGUGUCAGCUAUCGGUUACACGGAAAAACGUUACCGCUUUAGCUGUCGGGUUCAGACCAAAGACCCGUCUGGACUUCGUAUCCAAAUGUCGAAAGAGGAACGAUACUGCAACUCUGAUGGAUCAUGCCUGAAGGCCAUGGGCGCUGGGCCGAGCGAACCUUCGGAAGAUGGCUGGGGCGAAUGGUCAUCCUGGACUACCUGUACACGAACAUGCGGGAAGGGCAUUCAGCACAGGAUAAGGCAAUGCGAGUCGCCACUCUGCGAGAACGCGGAAGCAGAUUCGAGUGAGAGUUCAAAGCAGUCAAGGUUCUGCAACAUUCAACCAUGCCGAGAGAGCAGCGGUGCAGGGCAAUGGUCCUGCUGGACGGACUGGUCCGAGUGUUCGGUAUCUUGCGGUAUCGGAGUUCGAUGGCGGACGAGGAAGUGCUUGACAAGCUUUGGUAACGAUGACGAGGACGAGGAUUUGGACGAUGACGAAGACGAAGACGCGGAAAACGGCUGCGAGGGGCCCUCGACUGCAAGGGAAACCUGCGAGAUGCCGAGCUGCGAAUAUCUUCGUGGUUGGGAUCAGUGGAGUUCUUGGACUCCUUGCAAUUCGGAGGGGCAACAACACCGAAAACGCCAUUGUCUCCAGGAACCUUGCGCUUUUGAACGCGCCCAUGAAACCAGAGUCUGUCCUGUCGACUGGAUGGACAAUGACAUCUCUAACGCCCUGCCGCGAAGCGUCGAUGUUGCUGGUAUAUCGGUCGGAGCCGUGGUCGGAGGGUGCAUCAGUGGUUUCGUGAUUGGAAUACUGUUGGCCGGAGCUCUAUGCUUCGUUUACCAAAAACGCCGGCAGCCGCGAGUUCCGGGAAGCCCGCAUUACAUCAGCAAGCAGAAUCCAUACGUUACGGUGCCCCUGAAGGAGGUGAACACCAAACGCCAGCCAAGUUUUUCUGGAAGCACAAACGGCAACGGAACGCUUCGCACCAAGAACAAUCCCAACGUUAACGGAGGACUGGGAAGUCCGAAGUUGUACCCGAAGAGCUUGGACUACGAGUCCGCAACCCUGAAGAGGAACAGUCAUGGACAACCGCACAUAAGGGCCGACCUGGACCAAGACAAGUAUUACUGAGAUUCGAGAAAUUGCCGCGCAAGUAACGAGCGGCAGUAUGACACUUGAGGAACGAGGAUCAAGAAUGCACUUGCGGUUAAUUGGGUGCAAAAUGACGCAUGGCGUUUCGGCAAUUAUCCAACGCGGAAAUGGGUCAACGGAAAGUCCGUAUGAGGAUGCGGAAGCCUGACCUAGUUGGACGGAGAUAAUGUCUCAAACGUAAUUAGCCGAAUAUUUGUUCAAUGAUCGAGGAACGAGACAAGGAUCGUUUUGCCCUGCGAUGACAAAUCUAUGCAUGUGUAACGAGCGUGGGCUUCGAUUUUUAAAAAAGUUUAUUCUAUAGUGUUAACAGAUAUUCCCGGUUUUUUUUUUUGUCCUUCCCCGUUAUUUUUGUUUUUAUUAUUAUAUUAUAUAGCAGAUUUUACAAAUGAACGUUUUUAUUUUUUCAUUAUAUACAGUUUUUGUUCUUUUCUUCCGUUCGCGUAAUUCCGAACCAAUUUCCUUUUGUUUCAUUUUAGUCCAUGUUAAUUUCUGUAUUUACUUACAUUUCGUUACACCUGAUGUCAUUUAAUUUUUCAUUAUUUAAAACAUGGUUGAAUCGCGUAUUUGCUUAUAGGCUUAGGUUAUAGACGGACAUAUUUUAAUGACUAACGGCUGAAUACGGUCUCCAUGGCGAAAUAUGUUUCAUAUUUUAUUCAAAGUAUUUUAAUUCAAGGUCUUACACUAAUCUUCCCCAUGAUCGAGAAAUGUUCUUAUUCACAUUUGAAUAUCCGUUACGAGGUAUUAGUUAGGAAUAAUAAGUGCCUUAUUAACAGUAGCAUUUUAAUUAUUUGUUUAAUAUAAAAUAUUAUCGUUAAUUAAUGUAAUACUUUAAACUAGUGAUUAAAAAGAAAAUCAACAGUUGCUCAAUAAUGCAAGAACGUCAAUUAAUAAGUAUAGUGGAAUUCAAUGAGUGAAAUAAGAAAAAGUAAUUAAAAAAAAAACUUUCGAAACUAAAAGGAUCAUUGCACGCUAUUGAGAUAUAAUUGUUCUUUCAAAUAAUUCAUUUGACCAAGCAUAAGGAGUAUGUGAUCGAUUUUAAGUAUUCCCGGUGCCUUGUCUUUGCAUUAGUUCCGAAAUCGUAUUUCGGGCAGCUGGGAAUUCAAUUCUAACUGCCAAUUGAUUUAACUUUUUUUCGUGUGAAUACGAAUCUAUUCUAAAAAAUAAGAUGAUAGAUAUUUUAACGAAAGCACAGAGAAAACAAAAACUACAAAGCAAGUAAAUCAAGUUAAUUGAAACAAAUUAGAUUGAAAUAAUUCAACAAGGUGGAGAAUAAAACAGGAAUUGAAACUACUACAAUUUAAUUGACUGGAACGCACGGGCAUUCAACCACACAUUUGUAUAAAGGUUCGCGAAAAUCACUAUAAUAUUGUAAUACCCGUAAUAUUACGUGCGCGUCGAAGAUAAUCGAGAAAUUUUAAUGCGACACCUAAUAUAUUACGCAUAUACACAUUUAUAUUUAACGAUCAAGUCAAGAAAUUAAAAGAAAAACGUUUUAUAUAUAUUUGUUAUGUAAAUACCGUACAUUGUAUUAUAAUAGUUUAUAUAUAAUUAUAUACAUUAUACAUGUAUAUCAUUAUUUUGAUAGAAUCGCGUUUUUCGAAUUAAUGUAUUGAAAUGUGACAUUUUAGUGCCAUCUCUGGAUUUUAUGUGUACAUAUAUGUUUAGUGAUUAAUUAUUUUUUCAGAACGUAUGACGUGCCGCAUUAUGCAUUUGGACGUAAGGGAUAUACAAGCGAAUGAAUUGAAUGGUGCCUUAAGCCGAUAGGUAUACAUAUAUAUCUAUAUCUAUAUAUAUAUAUAUAUAUAUAUGUAUCUAUAGAUACAUAUAUAUAUAUUAUUAUAUUAAAUAAAUAAUUGAUUAAGGUAUUAUUAGUGUUCUAGAUAUAGUGCAUAUACGUAUGAGUAUAUUAUGUGGACUCAUGAAAGAUGAGAUAUGACUCAUAUUGAGUCACUUAUUGAUUGUACUAAAGAAGUAAUUGCGGCGUAGUGACCGAUCAGUUAUUGAUUUUUACCACCGUAAGUUAAUAAUUACACAGUACAUACAUGCGUUAACAUAACGGAGAAUAUGGUACGUAGAGUAUAACGGAAAAUCUCAAUAAUCCUAUUAAAUAUCGUGGAAUCAAUCCAGCGUUAAUACGUAAAUAGACAUUUUUAUGUGAUUCGUGUAAUAUCUAAUAUCACCCGUUUCACGUUCACCUCGUAUGUCUAUAUACGCAGCAUUUUAUAUUAUGACAUACUAUAUGUAAACCUUACGAGUUAUUUGAUUUAUAUAACGAUCUGUACGCUAUGUUUGCGAACAUUUACACAGGUGCCACAAUUUAACUUUAUAAAACUUCAUAAUAACCUUUAAGAUUUAUACUUACCAACUGUAUUAGCCGUUUAUACAUCCCUAAUUAUAUGUACGAAGUUUUUAUUGCGACUUUAUUUUUCAUGUAGACAAUCGUGCAUUUUAUUUUCCGCUUUAAUCGUCACCAUAUAUUUAAUCAUAAUUCAUUCGUUCCCUGAUAAGAGAUUUUUCAAGCUAUAAACACAAGUAUACAAUAAGUUGUAUGUAAUUAGUAUUUCUAAAGUUUCGCCCCUUCUAAGCGCGACGAAAUCUCAUCACUCGUUUAUUACGCGGUAUAAUAUUAAUCUCAACUAUGCUUUCCCGCACAUA